AUUCGGUGGGGCGAUGAUGCAGUGAAGCUGAAGGACGGGAUUCCUGAGCGGGGACAUCUUUCACCAGGAUUCUUGCGUUGGUUUGCAUUGAAUGAGUUCCGGAAUGAUGAUCAGCCCGUCGCCGUUCGAGCGGAGGCUGUGGCUGGAUCCUUCGGCCUCUGCGUUCGAUCGAAGAGAACAAGGAGAAGGUUGGAAGCCUUGGGCCAAGCCUGGGGCCUGCUGCAGCGGCUCAGAAACCGCUCGCCGCGUGGCUGGAAGGAGAACCUGGGAUGCUCAUAUGCAGCAGUGGCCAAUGCAUCCAGGGGCGUGGGUGCAAGCUUAGCUGCCAUCGACAUCCCCUCGGAGAACCCUGGUGCAUCUUUGGAGGUGGGUUUGCUGGGACUUUCGCCUGGCAGCUGGUCCGCCAACACGUCGGAGUUCGUGCUGCAUGUGAUCCUAGACGACGUGGUUACACUACCAGAGGAGCAGACCGUGGUCGUGGAUUCGCUCGCUCCACCCUGCUGUUCUUCUGGACCCAAGCUUCAUCGCAUGUACCGGCAUUACACUCGCUUUUCAUCUGGGUCGCUGCGGAUUUUUCUCACCCCUCUCGGUGCGGGGCAGCUGACGGGUGCGAAGCUCUCCGCUCGUCGUACAGGUGAGCCUGUCUGGUUCCAAUCGCAAGAGGUGAUGCAGGAGAGAGUUCUGCAGCUGUACAUCAACUUGCAAGACAUGUCUGGGCAACAUGCCGGUGGAUUCUGGUUGGAAGUUGCUGUCGAGGUCCACCGUCCAACAAACUACACCUUGAGCCUUCUCUCAGAUUCUGCAGAG